GGCCUUGAAAUUUCGGACAACCUAGCUAGUGCACAUCAACAACAAGAACAGUAUAUAAUUUCUGUGUGAACUCAGAAAAGGUUUGAAAAGAAAGAUAGAAGUCAAAAACUACAGCAGUAGUGCAUGUGUAUAUGACAAUUGACAAAGGUUGCUUUAAUAAUGGCGAAGAGCGGAAAGGAAACACUUGUGGUCCACACGGUUUUCUUUCGGUGCUGAGGUCCACACGGUUUUCUUUAAUAAUGGCAAAUUGGGGAACUAUGCUUGUUUUUUUCGCAUCUUUGUACCCCACAGCCACGCGUUUUACUUUCAUCGAAGCACUCAAAAAGUAUGGUCUUUGUCUUUUAUUCCACCUGAAUAGUCCAUUCCCACCCACUGUCACAGAUUGUUCUGGUAUUACUCUUACCCUCCAGUUCUCUGUUCUCAGAGAGACAGAAUUUGCAUUCAUUCAAUUCUCUCUAAUUCAAGAAAUGGCGGAAGGAGUUCUGUUCGACAUUGCUAAGGAAAUCAUUGGGAAGGCGGGCGACCUAGCACUCAAAGAGGUUGCGCUCAUCUGGGGUGUCAAAGACGAGAUCAACAAACUCAAGGAGACAGUUUCCAAAAUCAGUGCUGUGAUUUUGGAUGCAGAGGCGAAGCAACACGGCAGUGAAGUGAUCAAAGAGUGGCUGAAAAGGCUUAAGGAUGCCAUGUGUGAUGCGGAUGACUUGCUGGAUGAAAUCUCCACUGAGGCCCUGCGACGGGAAGUGAUGACCGGUGACAAGAAGGCCAAAGAGGUACGCAUCUUCUUUUCCAAAUAUAACCAGCUUGCAUAUGGUGUUAGAAUGGGUCAUAAGGUUAAGGAGAUGAGGGAGAGGCUAGUUGCUAUAGAUGCGGAGCCUGCGGAUAGGCAGUUUCACUUGGAUGAACGUCGUGAGGAGAUACAAGUCAGGAAUGUGUCAAGAAGGCAGACUCAUUCCCUUGUAAGUGCUGAAGAUGUUAUUGGGAGGGAGGAGGAUAAGAAGGUCAUUAUUGGAUCUCUGUUGGAUCCCAAUGUUAAGGAGAAUGUUUCUGUCCUUGCGAUAGUUGGUAUCGGAGGACUAGGAAAGACCACAGUUGCUCAACUUGUCUUCAAUGAUGAAAAAGUCAAGAACCAUUUUGAGCUAAAAUUGUGGGUGUGUGUAUCUGAGAAUUUUGACGUGAAAAUAAUUGUUCAGAAAAUCUUGGAGUGUCUAAAAAAUGAGAAACCAAAAGACCUUGAAAAGAACAUGUUAGUCAAUAAUCUUCAAAAAGAAAUUAAUGGAAAGAGAUAUAUGCUUGUGUUGGACGAUGUGUGGAAUGAGGAUCGUGAAAAAUGGAGUGAAUUGAAACAAAUUAUAAUGGGUGGUGCACAAGGCAGUAGAAUCUUAGUGACUACACGGAGUGUAAAAGUGGCAAAGAUUUCACGACCUAGUCAACCACAUGUGUUACAGGGUUUAGAGGAACAACUUGCUUGGUCUUUAUUUAAGAAGAUGGCGUUUGAAGAGGGGGAAGAACCGAAGGAAGCAAGUUUUGUAAAUAUUGGGAAGGAUAUUUUAAAAAUCUGUGUAGGGGUGCCGCUUGCAAUUAGAACCAUAGGAGGUUUAUUGUACUUUAAAAAAUCUGAAAGAGAGUGGUUAUCAUUCAAAGACAAUGAACUUUUGAAAAUACCUCAGAAUGAAAAUGACAUUUUACCAACACUAAAGUUGAGUUACGAUUAUCUCUCGUCAUACUUGAAGCAAUGCUUUGCUUAUUGUAGUCUAUUUCCAAAGGAUUAUGAGAUUGAAAAGGAAAGUUUGAUUUAUAUGUGGAUGGCGGAAGGAUUCAUUAAAUUGUAUAACGAAAAGCAAUGUCCAGAAGAUGUUGGGCAUGAGUAUUUUAUGGAUUUGCUUUGGAGAUCAUUCUUUCAAGAUGUUGAAGAAGAUGAACUUGGCAAUAUAUCAACAUUCAAAAUGCAUGAUCUCAUGCAUGAUAUGGCAAUACAAGUAAUAGGAUCAGAGAGCACCACCAUUUAUUCAAAAGAGAAAGACAUUGACAAUAAAAAUCGUCAUGUGUCUUUUAUAGAUACGUUGAACUCAUCAUCAGAAAUUACCUUCUCAUUAUAUAAAGCAAGAAGGAUAAGAACAUUUCUUUGGCCAUGUGAAACAACGUAUUGGGACUGUUCAACUUUCAGUGAAAUUAUUGAAAGAUUUAAGUUCAUACGCUUGUUGGAUUUGCAUGGAUCGGGAAUUAAAACAAUUCCAAGUUCUAUCAAAAAGUUGAAGCAUCUAAGAUAUCUUGAUCUUUCUGAGAAUAAAGACAUUGAGAUGCUUCCUAAUUCUAUUGUCAAGUUGUACAAUUUGCAAACACUUAAACUCUCUGAAUGUGAUAAACUUAAAGAAUUGCCAAGAGAUGUUAACAAAUUAGUCAAUCUCAGGUUUCUUGAGAUUGGUGGGUGUUUGGGUUUGACUCAUAUGCCAAAUGGCCUGGACCAAUUGACUAAUCUACAAACAUUGUCAAGAUUUGUGAUGAGUAAGGGUAGGAUUGAUUCAGUGCCUAGGAGUUACGGUAAAUUGAAGGAACUUAACAGGCUAAAUGAGCUAAGAGGAAAUCUGUCAAUUGAAAAUCUCAAACACGGAAAAGAUGCCGCAAUAGAGUAUAAGGAUGCAAAUUUGAAAGAGAAACAACGUCUUGAUAGGUUGGACUUAGAGUGGGUAGAAGAAGACAUGGAUUAG